UUCAGGGUGCAGCAGUUUGUCACGGAAGGAGCUCUACAGUUCAGCUGCAGUUAUUUCAGGCUUUUAACUUCACACUCUGGUUUUUGUUCCCGUUGAUACUCAGAAUGGUGCUGCUAACACCUUUUUUUUUUUUUAUAACUACACAGAUAACAGACUGGGGCUGAAUGACUGAACAAGUUUUAGCACAGUUGCUCCACAACAUGGAAGACCUGGACUCAAAUCGCAGCCUGGGAUUUUUAUACAUGGAGGUUUCUGGCAAUGCAUUCAUCUGGCACCGAGCUGCUAUGCUGAUGUGAUAAAGUGGACAGGAAAUCUGAAUCCAACACGUCACUGUGGUCACAUCACUGUGCAAACUUUAUGAACGCUGAGUAAAAGGGAAGGAAACACAGGCACAUUAGAGAAUGACAGUUUUAGUGCCUUAAAUGCAACUUCUUCUUUUGUUUUUACUACUUUAGCGAGAGCAAAGUGCAGCUGCUCCAAUUAGCUGUGCAGCAGGUCUGGAAGUGAACAUGGGGGAAACGUUACUCUGCAGACUGGGCUUCUUUUUGUUCUGGUCCCUCUGCUGUGGAUAUUCUGAAGCAGAUAAACCCAGAGCCAAACUGACAGCAGACAGAACAAUCAUACCAGCAGGGGGCAGCAUAACACUGAGCUGCUCUGUGGACGAAUCUGAUGACUGGAAGUUUGACUGGUUCAGAAAUGAUCAACAAUAUUCUGUAGAUCAGUUCAGAUCAAAUGAUGAACCGUACAGAGUUAUCAGUGUCACAGAGGGAGGAGAGUACAGCUGCAGAGGAGGAAGAAAAUAUUCAGAUCUUCAAACUGCAAUAAGUGGUAAAAUAUCUAUUUUGAAAACUGUUUCCAAGCCGACUGUGAUCCUAGAACCCAGUGGACCUGUUGUAUAUAGAGGAGAGAAAGUCACUCUGAGAUGUGAGAUCCAGGAUGAUGGAGGAACUCAGUGGACGUAUGAAUGGAGAACAAACAAUGGAAACUCUCCAAAAAGAUCCAGUGAAUACAUCAUCGACAGAGUCUCUAACACCGACAGUGGAGAGUAUCGCUGUAUGGCUACAGGAGAUUAUCAGCUAACAGAAUGGAGCGAUGACGUCACACUGACAGUGAGACCAGAUGAACCCAGAGCCAAACUGACAGCAGACAGAACAAUCAUACCAGCAGGGGGCAGCAUAACACUGACCUGCUCUGUGGACGAAUCUGAUGACUGGAAGUUUGACUGGUUCAGAAAUGAUCAACAAUAUUCUGAAGAUCAGUUCAGAUCAAAUGAUGAACAGAACAGAGUUAUCAGUGUCACAGAGGGAGGAGUUUACAGCUGCAGAGGAGGAAGAAAAUAUUCAGGUUUUCAAACUGCAAUAAGUGGUAAAAUAUCUAUUCUGAAAACUGUUUCCAUGCCGACUGUGAUCCUACAACCCAGUGGACCUGUUGUAUAUAGAGGAGAGAAAGUCACUCUGAGAUGUGAGAUCCAGGAUGAUGGAGGAACUCAGUGGACGUAUGAAUGGAAAAGAAACAAUGGAAACUCUCCAGAAGGAUCUAGUGAAUACAUCAUCGACAGCGUCUCUGACACCGACAGUGGAUAUUACAGCUGUAUGGCUACAGGAGAUUAUCAGCUAACAGAAUGGAGCGAUGACGUCACACUGACAGUGAGACCAGAUGAACCCAGAGCCUCACUGACAGCAGACAGAAAAAUCAUACCAGCAGGGGGCAGCAUAACACUGACCUGCUCUGUGGACGAAUCUGAUGACUGGAAGUUUGACUGGAUCAGAAAUGAUGAACAAUAUUCUGAAGAUCAGCUCAGAUCAAAUGAUAAACAGCACAGAGUUAUCAGUGUCACAGAGGGAGGAGUUUACAGCUGCAGAGGAAAAAGAAAAUAUUCAGGUUUUCAAACUGCAAUAAGUGACAAAAUAUCUGUUCAGAAAAUUGUUUCCAAGCCGACUGUGAUCCUACAAUCCAGUGGACCUGUUGUAUAUAGAGGAGAGAAAGUCACUCUGAGAUGUGAGAUCCAGGAUGAUGGAGGAACUCAAUGGACGUAUGAAUGGAUAGCAACCAAUAGAAACUCUCUAAAAAGAUCCAGUAAAUACAUCAUCGACAGCGUCUCUAACACCGACAGUGGAGAGUACAGCUGUAUGGCUAGAAGAGAUUAUCAGCUAACAGAAUGGAGCGAUGACGUCACACUGACAGUGAGACCAGAUGAACCCAGAGCCAAACUGACAGCAGACAGAACAAUCAUACCAGCAGGGGGCAGCAUAACACUGACCUGCUCUGUGGACGAAUCUGAUGACUGGAAGUUUGACUGGAUCAGAAAUGAUCAACAAUAUUCUGAAGAUCAGUUCAGAUCAAAUGAUGAACUGUACAGAGUUAUCAGUGUCUCAGAGGGAGGAGUUUACAGCUGCAGAGGAAAAAGAAAAUAUUCAGAUUUUCAAACUGCAAUAAGUGGUAAAAAAUCUGUUCAGAAAACUGUUUCCAAGCCGACUGUGAUCCUACAACCCAGUGGACCUGUUGUAUAUAGAGGAGAGAAAGUCACUCUGAGAUGUGAGAUCCAGGAUGAUGGAGGAACUCAGUGGACAUAUAACUGGAAAAGAAACAAUAGAAACUCUCCAAAAAGAUCCAGUGAAUACAGUAUCAGUGAAGUCGAUGGAUCUCACAGUGGAUAUUACAGCUGUAUGGCUAGAAGAGAUUAUCAGCUAACAGAAUGGAGCGAUGACGUCACACUGACAGUGAGACCAGAUAAACCCAGAGUCUCACUGACAGCAGACAGAAGAAUCAUACCAGCAGGGGGCAGCAUAACACUGACCUGCUCUGUGGACGAAUCUGAUGACUGGAAGUUUGACUGGAUCAGAAAUGAUCAACAAUAUUCUGCAGCUCGGUUCAGAUCAAAUGAUAAACUGUACAGAGUUAUCUACGUCUCAGAGGGAGGAGUUUACAGCUGCAGAGGAGGAAGAGGAAAUCCAGUUUUCUAUACAGAAAAAAGCAACGUUCAGAAAAUUGUUUCUGGGCCGACUGUGAAGCAACAUCCCAGCUGGCCUGUUGUAUUCAGAGGAGAGACGGUCACUCUGAGAUGUGAGAUACAGGAUGAUGAAGGAACUCAGUGGACGUAUGACUGGAGUAUAAACAACAGAUACUUUCCAACAUCCAAUGAAUACAGGAUCAGCAGAGUCUCUGAGUCUGACAGAGGGAACUACUGGUGUAGGGCUAGUAAUGGCUAUCAGACAGACUGGAGCUCUGCCUUUACACUGACAGUGAACUCAAAUGAACCCAAAGCCUCACUGACAGCAAGUGAUGACAUCAUACCAGCAGGGGGCAGUGUAACACUGACCUGCUCUGUGGACAUCGGUGUUGGCUGGAAGUUUAACUGGUUCAGACAGGAAUCAGAAUUUUCUACAGCUCCGCCCAUCAGAAUCAGUAGAUCAGGUGGAGUCUUCAUCAUCACAGAGGGAGGAGUUUACAUCUGCAGAGGAGGAAGAGGAAAUCCAGUUUUCUAUACUGGAACCAGCAAUAAGGUCACUAUUCAGAAAACAGUUCCCAUUACACCAACUGUGAUCCAACAACCCAAUUGGGCCCAAAUCUACAGAGGAGAGAGAGUCACUCUGAGAUGUGAGAUCCAGGAUGAUGGAGGAUCUCAGUGGACGUAUGAAUGGAAACCAACCAAUAGAAACUCUCCAACAUCCAGUGAAAUCAUGAUCACUGUUGAUAGCAGUGGAGAUUAUAAAUGCAGAGGAAGAAGAAACAGUUUCACCUUCACAAAGUGGGGAGUCGUCACAUUAACAGUGAUCUCACCCAAACCUCAGCCUGUCCUCUCUGUGUCUCCAUCAUGGCCGAAUCCUGGAGCCUCAGUGACUCUGAGCUGUGAGGGUUUGGAGCUUCAAUCAGCAGGAUGGAGGUUCUUCUGGUAUAAAACUGUUCCUCAUACAUCCAGCAGUACCUACAGAUCUGAGCUGCUUCCUGGCAGCAUCAAUGGUACUGAGCAGAACUCCUUCAUCAUUAAUGGACCGACCCUCACAGCAGGAUUUGUGUGCAGAGCAGGAAGAGGAGAACCAAAGUUUUACUCUAAUUACAGUGAAGUAAAGUUUGUCUGGUCUGCAGACUCUCAUCCAGCAGCUUCUCUCUCAGUGAGUCCUGACAGAGUUCAACAUUUCAUUGAUCAAUCUGUCACAAUGAAAUGUGUUGGGAACGACACCAAGUGGAGACUGAGGAGGUUUACAGAAUCAACCAGUCCAUCAUACGGUUGGUGCUCCAACUGGGGGACGAUGCAUGGAUCCUCAUGUACCAUUAACAGACUGGAGGAUCACAGUGGAGUUUACUGGUGUGAGUCUGAAUCUGGAAAAUUCAGCAACUCAGUCAACAUCACUGUACAGGAUGAUUAUGAUGGUAUUAUCCUGGAGAGCCCUGUUCAUCCUGUGACUGAAGGAGAUCCUGUUACUCUGAGCUGCAGAGAUAAAAAACAAAAUCUUCUCUCCAAUGUCUCUUUCUAUCACAAUGAUAAACUCAUCAAUAAUGACAGCAGAGAGGAGCUGAAGAUCUCUGCAGUGUCAAAGUCAGAUGAAGGUUUCUACAAAUGUCAACAUUCAGGAAAAGAGUCACCAAGCAGCUGGAUGUCUGUUAGAGUAACUCUUUCCAGUCCCGUCUCCUCGUCUCGUUUACUGCUGAUCAUUGGACCCAUUAGUGGAAUCAUUCUGAUUAUUUUCCUGCUCUUGUUGUGGCGCUACAGACAAACCAAAGAUUUAUGCUCUUUCAGAUCAGACAAAAACAAUCAGAGGUCGACCACCAAUCACAGAGCAGAGAUUGAGAUCAGUGACAAUAACGCUCCUUCUCACGGUGAUGCUCUCUAUGCAUCAGUCAAGCCUUCUGAAGCCGCCGCUCCUGCUGAACCCAAAGAAAUAACGUACACCAUGAUUAAGUUCAAAAAGCUCAGAAAAAAGAGAAAACCCCGUAAACCUGAGGAACGCGUUGUUUACGCUGAAGUGAAACCAAGAGCUGCAGAACUCGCUCCAACGUACGCUGUGGUCAACAAGAGCAAAGCCAAGAAGAACAGGAAAGAAAAACCUGCAGCAACAAAUGAACCAGUUUAUUCUGAAAUCAAAUCAGGAGCAACUCUGAACGAUGAAUCUGCCUUUGGUCAAACUCAAAAUUCUGAAAUGCGAGAAGGUUUCCUGGUUGUAGUUGUUCAGCAGGUUGAGACGAGGAUGGGACACGCUUGGCUUUACGUGCUAUUCUUGUUCGGUUCAGUCGUCAGUGGAUUCGCUCAAGUUUCCAAUCGAGCCACUGUGAUCCUGAUGCCAAACUGGCCUCUGAUAUACAGAGGUGAGAGAGUUCUUCUCCGGUGUGAGAUCCCAGGAGGAGAAGGAAUAAGGUGGACAUAUGAAUGGAGAACAACCAGGUUAAAUGAACCUCAAAUAUCCAAGGAAUACUUAAUCAUACAUUCAGCUGGUGAGUCUGAUAGUGGAGGAUACAGCUGCAGAGGAACAAGUGAAAAAGGCUCAACAGACUGGAGCGAUGUUGUCGUGUUAACUGUGUAUCAACUUUCUGUGUUUCCAUCUUGGUUCAGUCCUGGAGCCUCAGUGACUCUGAGCUGUGAGGUUGAACAUCCACCUGCAGGAACCAGGUUCUUCUGGUAUAAAGCUGUUUAUAAUCCAUCAAGCAGAUUCUACAGCUAUGAGCUGCUGCCUGGCAGCUCUGAUGGGACUGAAGAGAAUUUCUACAUUGUUCAUGGACUCAGUAAUACAGCAGGUUAUGUGUGUAAAGCAGGAAAUGGAGAACCAGAAUUCAGAGAUCCAAGUUUUGUCUGGUCAGCAGAUCCUCGUCCAGCAGCUUCUCUCUCAGUGAAUCCUGACAGAGUUCAACACUUCAGCUCUGACUCUGUGUCUCUGAACUGUGAGGGAAACUCUGAUGAGUGGAGAGUGAUGAGGUUUAUAGAAAGAAGUGGACUGUCAGACUGCUCCAUCUGGGGGACAAUGACUGGAUCUACAUGCACCACUAAACCACUUCUGUUGAAUAGUGGAGUGUACUGGUGUGAGUCUGGAUCAGGAGAGUUCAGCAAUGCAGUGAACAUCACUGUACAUAACAGUCUUUUUUUAAAUACAAUCCUGGAGAGCCCUGUUCAUCCUGUGACUGAAGGAGAUCCUGUUACUCUGAGCUGCAGAGAUAAAAAUCAAAAUCUUCUCUCCAAUGUGUUUUUCUAUCACAAUGAUAAACUCAUCAAUAAUGACAGCAGAGAGGAGCUGAAGAUCUCUGCAGUGUCAAAGUCAGAUGAAGGUUUCUACAAAUGUCAACAUUCAGGAAGAGAGUCACCAAGCAGCUGGAUGUCUGUCAGAGUAACUGAAUCCAGUCCUGUCAGCUCUUCAUUUCCUGUGAUGUUGAUCGUUGGACCAGUUGUUGGAGUCGUUCUCUUUAUUCUCUUUAUUCUCCUGCUGUCAUGGUGGCGAUGCAGUCGGUCCAAAAAUUCAUGGUGCAUCAGGUCAGAGGGCAGCAGUCAGAGCUCCUCCACAAAUCAAGAACCCAACCAGAGAGAGAGUCAAGUUUACAGCUCUCUGCUACACGGUGAUACUUCUGAGUAUGAAACAAUCCAGCCAACCUCUAGCAAUAGGAGGCCUGUUAACCCAGAGGACGAUCACAUUUACACAAAUAUGACCAACAGACAACACAGAAUCCAAAAAGAGUCACUGUAGUGAAAAGAAAACAAAAAGGAAAGUGGAAUGUCACUUCCUGUAAUGUGGAAUGAAUGUCAACUUUCUGGUGGUUCAGAUUGAAAUGAACUGAGUUUUUUUAUUAUUAUUGGAACAUAAAAAAAAAAUCCCACAUCCUCAAAAGUUUCUAACAAAAGUCUAUGAAGGAAGACGAGCUAGGAGACAUUUUAUGAUGCAAGUAGCUCUGCAAUACAAACACAAACAUGUACAGAAAUUGGAAAAGAUACAAUUUAAAGUUUUGUGUGGACUGAAAUCACUUGUCUCAGGUUUUAUUUUAAAAUAACAGUAUGUCCUUUAAAAAUGCAGCAAUUCUCAUGUUUAUUGUUCUCUGAGCAAGAAAAUUCAUUUCUAUGUUUUGUGCAAAGCUAUUAUAUUAUUAGCAUUGUUUAUUUUAUUUGCAUGCAGAAAAAAGAACAUAUUACUUGCAUGUAAAAAUAUUUGUGUGUAUUUUUAUUUGACCAUUUUUAGCUCCAUACUUCUUGUUUUAUCAGGACUUAUUUUGUAACGUGUAUAUUUCUCCAUGUAUUGUUGUUGCAUCUCUUCCAUUUAAUUACAAACUCACUGGAUGCAUGUUUUUUUUUACAUGUGAAAUGCAAAAACAUACACAAACAACAACUUAGGAAAGCCAUGACACUUUGAUAUUUUCCAUUUUAUUACACCUGGCAUACAUGUAAGGAGUCAUCAUGCUAAAUAAAAGCAUGUAAACAUGUUUACUGAUCAUGUUUAAUUGAUAUUUAUCCUAAUUAUAUGCUGAAUGUAUUAUUUAAAAGAAAAAUGUAACUUUUCUUAUUCAGUCAGGCUUUAUAUUAUUUCCACGUUUGGUAGAUUUAGAUAUUUUUCUACACCCA